GAAGUCAUUCCCAGUGAUGGGCGCGCUCGGCCUCAAUUUCCGGGGCAACUCGCCGAGUAUGGAACAGCAAUGCGGUGCAGCUGAAAAGUCCUGGUUACAAACCACCCAAAACAUUUCUUGUGUCCAUUGGCUGGUUAAAGCAAGACAGACGAACCUGCAGGUGGCAUCACAAGGCUUAGCGCGGGGUCCACCAGGUCCCGAAAGCUUACAACCCUGCCUCAUAUAUAGCCUCGCCUUUCUCGCCACCAAUUCUUUUUUUUAGAUUUGAUACUAUCUAGACUCUCGGCUAGUGCUGUAUAUAUUCCUCGAUUCGAAUCUCCAUCAUGCGCCUUCUGAAUGCGCGAACGCGGAAGUUGCGCGAGUUUAUGGGAGAUGAUACCCCUCCUUACGCGAUACUGUCCCAUACGUGGGGUCGCGAUGAAGUUACCUUUCAGGACCUGAAUUUGGCUGGUUCAGGACAAGAUAAACUUGGAUAUGAGAAGAUCAGAAAGUGCUGUGAGCAAGCAAUUCAGGAUGGUUUAUAUUGGGCUUGGGUCGAUACAUGCUGCAUCGACAAGACAAGUAGUGCUGAGCUUUCCGAGGCUAUCAAUUCCAUGUUUCGAUGGUAUCAGAAAGCUCAAGUGUGUUACGUCUAUCUGAGCGACGUUUCGGGAUGCAAUCCGCCACAGGAAGAGGAACUUGCCCAGAGUCGUUGGUUCACCAGAAGCUGGACAUUACAAGAGCUCAUUGCCCCUCGGUUCGUCUUAUUCUAUUCCAGGAUUUGGGAACAUAUCGGAACGAAAGAACAGCUUGCCGAUAUUAUAUCGAGCAUAACCACUAUCGACGAAGAAGACCUAUGCGGUACAAGCCUCGAGCUUGUCAGCGUAGCGAAAAAGAUGUCAUGGGCAGCGAAAAGAAAGGCUACCCGGUUAGAAGAUACUGCUUAUAGUUUACUUGGUUUAUUCGAUGUCAACAUGCCGCUACUCUACGGAGAAGGCCAGAAAGCCUUCAUCCGAUUGCAAGAAGAAAUCCUCAAGUCUUCUUACGAUCAUUCUCUCUUUGCAUGGCGACUUGACGAAGCGUCCAUAAUCGAACUCAAACGAUACACGAAACUAUUGUCUCGACCCGAGUUUUUGUCCUCACAAGAGAGCACCUUUGGUGGUCUUCUAGCUGACUCUCCUGCCGCGUUCCAAAAAUGUCAUAAAAUAGUUUCGAUGGGUUCUUGGGGUCAUGUGUAUCACUCUCCGCCAGUGAUACACAAUAAAUGCGUCUAUAUUGAUCUUCCUGUGAUUCGACGUUCAGAACUUGACGAGUCAUUCGCCGUCCUCGACUGCCGUUUACAAGACGACGACCAGAAUUAUCUUGCGGUUCCAUUGCGGCAGUGGGGCAUUGGUACUUUUAGUGGUCGGUUACGAGAUCUUGUACUGGUUCCGAGCGAUUGUCUCAACUUUGACAGUAAGACGUUGAGCCCUGAGAAUACAGAGAGGCUGCGCAUAAAAGCGCCGACACUCAACGAGGGCCUGCAAGGGUGCUUCUUCCUCGCGGGAUUGCCCCCAGAAGCAUCUGGUUAUCAGCUUCGGAGUCUCCAUUGCAAAGCUGGUGCACGGUUCGACCGAAAGAAGCGGAUCUUAAGACCAGAGAAACACGCACGUGGUGCUCAAGCCGUCUUCGUGUUUGGGAACAAGCAUGGUGAUCGGUUUGCACUUGUAUUGGCCCAGUAUUCGAGGAGCCAUACGUCGUGCAACAGCGUGGCAUACGUGAAAAUACUCAACAAUGGCCACAUUGAGGACGAUAUAGAGCUUCGUGGAUAUAUGCACGAGGUAGAUGUAGCUGGUGGAAGCUGGCUGAGCACUUAUUUGGGAAAAGUUUCAAUAACGCCCAUCGGUACAACAAACUUGCAAAUACAGUUAAUGUCACAGUCAAGCAGACACGGACCCACAGAGAGUGUUAUAAUCACGGAAUACAUCAGAGAAAGCUACAUGGCAGCAGGAAGAGGGUAAAUCGUACCCUGAUGAGCGAGUUCACCUCUCAGAUGAUAGAUUCAUACAUCUCAUUGUUCUCCUUAUUCUUCCUAGAAGUUGGGGGUUCGUUCUUAAUAUUAGUUCUCGGGAUGCCUUUAGGAUAUUACUACAGCUGUCCUGUCUGUUGAGCGAAGGGUGUUCUCUGGCCAUGUGAUAAGCGCCAUCUAGGAAAUAGGGGAGUAUCUUAAUUCUACAUAAUUGUUGGGUGUUCACCGCCGUCGAUGAGCGAACAGUUGAUGCUUGAAGGGAUCAGACUGGUAAUUUACGAUCUUGC